AUGUCGCAAAAGUCUAAAAAUGGGAAUAUUAUGAGUUUCUUCAAGCCUGUGACGAGGUCCCAAACACCCCAGAGACCCCAGGCUCAGAAGCCUCGCUCGCCAUCUCCAUUACCGUGCUCAUCCCCGCCGAGUCAAGUUGCUGUCACCCCUGUCAAGAAGAAGGAACCGCUGGCACGGGAUAUCGAGAUCCGCGCCUCGGAUGAUGAGGAUGACUUGGGGGCUUCGUCAGACGACUCCCUCGAAGACCUAUGCGCCAUCAUCGGGCGAGCACGCCCCGCCAAGUUGGCUGACUCUCCUACAAAGAACCCAUAUGCUACACCAAGAGCAAAAAGAACUGCCGUUGAGUUUCACUCAUCGCCGCUGGCCAUUAUACCAAAACACAAAUUCGACCUCAAGGCUCUGGCCAAGGAUGCGAAGCAGGAUGAUGCUACACAUGCAAGCUCAAUAAGAGCCAAGGCUCUGACUGAGCUUGCUGACACUGAAGAUGAGAUCAUGACAGACGAGGCAUCACGGGACGUUUUGGAGGACAUCGUCAAGAACAAUACCGGACAAAACGCCCAGAAGGUCCUCAGAGCGGUGCAAAGAUCAGAGCCUGGUCAGUCACAACUUCGAUACUGCUUCUUCAGCGAGGAAUAUAGUCCACCCAGUCCGAAGCCAGCACCAAAGAAUCUCAGCAAGGGGCCUUGGAAACUAUUGACGCAAGGUGAUGAGCAAACUCGGGAGCAGCAUCUGCUAUCUGGGUUGCCACUCACCCUCCUUGGCAUGCAUGGAGGUUUACCAGACGAGCUAUUUGAGUGGAUUCUCAGUGAAUUCUGUCUUCAAAAAUCAAGCCUCGUCCGGAAGGAGUAUACCAGCCUGAUUAGCGACUGCUCCGAACAGAUUGAGCGGCUGAUUACGCCACGGCGGUUGGAGGAGUUGUUCUACCGCUUCGGCGCCUCCCCUGAACUUGAGCGACGGGACUCCGAGCUGAGAUUAUCGAAACCUGGUGUAGAACCCUAUGAGGGACGCGACUGGUCCACGUUGAGUUCCUUCUUAUCCCUUAUAAGUGCCAUGGCUCCGUCUAUGACUCUGGAAUCUGUCGUCUAUGCUGCACAGGCUUUGCUGCGGAUGUCGAUGGACAAGUUUCUCCUCUACAACAUUGAUCUCCUGGUCGCAUACGAGAACACCAUCAAGAGUCUAGUGGAGGCAGUUCCUCAGGCGAACUGGGACGUCUUCUGCUUUCACACAUGUUCAUUGCUACACAUUCUCAUCAAGGCUCAAUGUGUGAGAACAAAUGCUCUGACAUGUCUGCCAGUCAGUACACCCAAGGUUCACGAUCUGAGACGCCGGCUUGCCGUGGUAUUUCUUUACGAUGAUCCGGACCUGGGUCGCCAUCAUCCGGAUAACACGGUCAGCAUCAGAGGCAUCAUCGACCGCCUUGAAGAAGACGACUUCUCUGUUGGGCCCAAGACGGACUUUGCUGAGCUGCAGGCAAACAUUAUCCUUCUCAACAUUGCAGUUGACGACGGCUCAUUUGCCGCAGCCGAUGACCCAGACGCUGUGAAGGAGUUCAACAGUGAGAUAGAUGAACUCACAACCCAACUUAGAGGGAUUUGGAGAAAGAUCAAUGAUGCAGGCAUGAAGCUCGCACGAACUGAAGCCAAGAGUGUCAUUGAAUGGGUUCAGCAGCGACUUGCUCACUCUGUCCGGACGCGCCGAAAGGCCAAGAAGAGUGUGUUUGACCUUCCAAGUCAACGAGAGGACCCUUUCCUCCCACAGCAACAGAACUACAUGAAGAAUUUCCUACGGAAACCAACAGACAAGGCCCCAGCGCCCACCUCCCCUGUAGCUGAUCAAGAUACCAUCGUUGUCAGGGCGAAAUAG